AUGGAGUGGCUUAGCAAGAACCCCAAACUCAACAACAAGCGCUUCCUCACAGCACAGACUGUAUGGAGCGGCCCUUGGGAAGACGAGCUGGACGAGGAGGGAGAGUUGAAGGAUGACAAGAAUGAUCUCUUCUGGACUGACGCGGGCGGCGAGAUUCGCUAUCUCAACUUUUCGAAUCAGGCGGCCAGGUCAGCUCCCAGGUCAAAGGAGACAAUGAUGACUACUGGAUGGGGCAAGGCAACAAAGGAUCAGGAGGAAAUCCGGAUCUUCUGCUAUGGACGAUCUAUCAUGCCUCUCAAGAAGCUUCUAAGCGAAGCCAAAAUGCAGUUCUUCCACGACACCCACCAAAAGACCACCAUAUACCGUCCACGGCAGAAGGAGAACCGUAGAGAACAUUGGUCUAUGUGGCAACAAGUAGCGCGGCGUCCUGUCCGGCCAAUGGAUACCGUCGUACUUGCAGACCAGGAGAAGCAAGAAGUCCUUGCGGACAUCAACGAGUAUCUGCACCCUGCAACCCCUCGAUGGUACGCCUCGCGAGGCAUCCCGUUGAGACGCGGUUACUUGUUCUACGGUCCACCUGGGACCGGCAAAACAAGCUUCUCUUUCGCAUUGGCAGGCGUAUUUGGUAUCGACAUUUACGUGAUCAGCCUUCAGGAUGCUACAAUCACCGAGGAGGAUCUUUCCGUUCUGUUUACCAAGCUGCCUAGACGGUGCAUAGUCUUGCUUGAAGACAUCGACACUGCCGGGCUUCGGAGAGCCAAUGACGAAGAUGAAAAGGAAACCGUGGUCAGCAAGCCGGUUGAUGGGAAGGAAAAGGGGUCCGCUACUAAGGAUGAAGCCGUUGUCGUCAACGGCGAUGCUGAGAAGACGGCGCAUGACCUUGACAAGAAAAAAGGAAAGAAGAGCAAACCAAAGAAAUCAGGCACAGACACCAGCGACUCAGAGUCUGAUUCGGACGAGAAAUCGAAGCGCAAGAAGAAGAGCAAGAAGACGACUCGCCGCAAAGACGCAAGGUUGAUAGCGCAUGAGGCGAUAUCCCUCUCGGGGCUGCUCAAUGCUAUCGAUGGCGUCGCAUCUCAUGAAGGUCGCGUGCUCAUCCUCACGACCAACAAGCCAGAGGAUCUUGACGAAGCCCUUGUUCGACCCGGCCGAGUCGACCGCCAGGUUGCGUUCACCAAUGCUUCCAGUGCGCAGGCCGAAGAAUUGUUCCAAAGGAUGUACGAGAGCAGGCGAUCACGACAACAGCUGGUCAAGGGUGCCCAAAAGGCAAAAUCGACAGUCGAGAAGGGAAUCGGGCCCUACCUUGUUGAUGCCGACGAUGGCGGACCCCUGACACCAGAGGAGCUGAAGAGGAUUGCAUCUGAGUUCGGGCAGCUUGUCCCGGAGCAGGUCUUCUCUCCAGCUGAGAUCCAGGGGUUCUUGUUGAAGAGGAAGAAGGAUCCUCGCAAGGCCUUGGAAGAGGCCGUGUCUUGGAUCGAGGUAACUCUCAAGCAAAAGGAAGCUAAGAGCAAGGUUGUGACCGUCCAAUAA